CCUCAAUUUGGUGAUGAAAGCAACCGAGUCUCGCCCCCUUGUCGCCACGUUCAAUCAACAAGUGCAACAGUACGUUGAGAUGACCACUUGGCGUCACAAAUGCCAAUGGCUGUGCCCCAUUAGACUUAAGGUGCUGCCCAGACAAGCAGCCUGAUACCGUCAUGAGCAAAGUGUGCCUGGUUGUCACCUCUUAAGGCAAGUCGAGAGCGCGGCGUCCACCCCCAGGGCAAGUCACCAGCCUAGUGACAUAGACUUUGAAUGCAUUUUGUCAGUUUGGACUUGUGCCGGUGAUUAGUUUGUGUUGGCCUCAUUGCGCUCUGUGUUUCUGCCCUUUGUCUUUCUCAAGCAGCGUAAGUGUCGCCAGGAUUGUUUCCUGUGGGGAUUCAAUUUUAAAUGGCAGCACAUUAUACUUGGAGCGAUGUUGAUGACAGGGUUAUGAAGGGCCACUCGUGACAGGGGACAGGUGGAUAAAAGAGUCUUAUGGUGCCACUGCUUGUGCCUAAAAUAAGAUCUGUGCUUUUUCUUAUUUUUAAAGGCCAUUUUUACAAAUCCGACUGGCAUUGUGGCACAAUGCAUAUGGCAGCCCCCUUGUGGGUGCAGCACCCUGGAUUCAAAAUCUGUACCCAGUCAUUGUUAAUGUGGAGUUGGCAUAUUCACCCCUGUCUGUGGGGGCAUCUCUGGCACAACACCAAAGGCACGCUGGUUAGGUUGAUUGGUGAUACCAGGUUUCCCAAGUGUUAGUGUAGGUGUGUGUGUGUGACUGGGUGCCCAGCCUGGCACAGUGCUGCUGCAAUUCACUCUGAAAUGUGCAUUUAGUGGGUAGGAAAUGAGAUACGUGUGUGUUUUUUAAAUUGUCUUCUUUUAUUUCUACCUCCACUCAGGCUCGAAUGGAAGUUGAUGCAGAUGGCAACGGUGCAAAGAUCUUUGCCUACGCGUUUGACAUCACUAAGGGACGGGAGGUGGGACGCCCCCUGCAGGAGCUGUUGUGGGAAAAACAUCGCGGAGGAAUUGCCCCAAGCUUCCAGGUGGUCCACAUCAACUCGGUAACGGUUGACAACAGGCUUGACAACUUGUGCCUUGUCCCCAUAGGCUGGAAGGCCAAGCCAGAAGAGCUGACCAGUAAACAGAGGGAGCAAAGCCUCUACUGGUUAGCCAUUCAGCAGGUGCCUGCGGACCCCGUGGAUGAGCAGUACCUGGACAUGAACUGCACGCGGUACUACAAUGCCAACGGGGAGGUGGUCGAAGAGGAGGAGUGUUCCUGCACGUAUUACGAGUGUCACUACCCACCAUGCACUAUGAUGGAGAAGAGGCUCAGGGAGUUCAACAUCUGCGGACGUUGCCAGGUGGCGAGGUACUGUGGCUCUCAGUGCCAACAGAAAGACUGGCCGGCGCACAAGAAGCACUGCCGCGAGCGCAAGAGGACCCUGCAGCUGGAGAGCGAGCGGAGCGGUGAUCCUGUGGGUUAGGAGGUUGGGGGUGGGG